GUCAGCUGACAGCGCUUUGGAGGAAGGAAGGAAGGACGGGCGGACAUCUUGGUUCGAAAGGGAGGGUUGUAUGUGGUCAAGUGAGCGUAUACAGCGAAAGGACACCGUAAAUAACGCAACUCGGGAGGAAGCAGCGAAUUCGUAGGAGGGAAAGUUAUAGCGAGGUGUCCUGGGAUUCGCCAUGGUCUGUGAUGACUGAAACAGCACCAGCAUGAUCGGAGGACUGUUCAUCUACAACCACAAGGGGGAGGUGCUGAUCUCGCGGGUGUACCGCGAUGACAUCGGGCGCAACGCGGUGGACGCGUUCCGCGUGAACGUGAUCCACGCCCGGCAGCAGGUGCGCUCCCCCGUCACCAACAUCGCCCGCACCAGCUUCUUCCACGUCAAGCGCUCCAACAUCUGGCUGGCCGCCGUCACCAAGCAGAACGUCAACGCCGCCAUGGUGUUCGAGUUCCUGUACAAGAUGUGCGACGUCAUGGCCGCCUACUUCGGCAAGAUCAGCGAGGAGAACAUCAAGAACAACUUCGUGCUGAUCUACGAGCUGCUGGACGAGAUCCUGGACUUUGGGUACCCCCAGAACUCCGAGACAGGGGCGCUGAAGACCUUCAUCACCCAACAGGGCAUCAAGAGCCAGCACCAGACGAAGGAGGAGCAGUCUCAGAUCACCAGUCAGGUGACCGGGCAGAUCGGCUGGCGCCGCGAGGGUAUCAAGUACCGGAGGAACGAGCUCUUCCUGGAUGUGCUGGAGAGUGUUAACCUGCUGAUGUCCCCACAAGGUCAGGUGCUGAGCGCCCACGUGUCCGGCCGCGUGAUGAUGAAGAGCUACCUGAGCGGGAUGCCCGAGUGCAAGUUCGGCAUGAACGACAAGAUCGUCAUCGACAAGCAGGGCAAGGGCGGGACCGUGGACGAGGCCGGGAAGAGUGAUUUGGGGGGAAGCAGUGGGAAGCAGUCCAUCGCCAUCGACGACUGCACCUUCCACCAGUGCGUGCGCCUCAGCAAGUUCGACUCGGAGCGCAGCAUCAGCUUCAUCCCCCCCGACGGGGAGUACGAGCUCAUGAGGUACCGCACCACCAAGGACAUCAUCCUGCCCUUCCGGGUCAUUCCGCUGGUCAGGGAGGUCGGCCGUACCAAGCUGGAGGUCAAAGUGGUCAUCAAGUCCAACUUCAAACCUUCACUGCUGGCGCAGAAGAUCGAGGUGCGUAUCCCCACUCCGCUCAACACCAGUGGGGUUCAGGUGAUCUGCAUGAAGGGUAAAGCCAAGUACAAGGCCAGCGAGAACGCCAUCGUGUGGAAGAUUAAGCGGAUGGCCGGGAUGAAGGAGUCUCAGAUCAGCGCUGAGAUCGAGCUGCUCCCCACCAACGACAAGAAGAAGUGGGCGCGGCCUCCCAUCUCCAUGAACUUUGAGGUGCCCUUUGCCCCCUCCGGUCUGAAGGUGCGCUACCUGAAGGUGUUCGAGCCCAAGCUGAACUACAGUGACCACGACGUCAUCAAGUGGGUGCGCUACAUCGGCCGCAGCGGGAUCUACGAGACGCGCUGCUAACGUGCUAACGUCCCGCCGGCCGUGCAGAGCGCGGGGGGGGGGGGGGGAACGCGAAAAAACAGGCCACUGUCCCUCUCUCUUCUUCAUCCUUCUCUUUUCCCCCCUUACUGCCUCCUCCUCCCUCUGUCCUUUCAUCCCUCCCUUCUGCCCCAUCGCCCCCUCUCUUCCCAUUAUUACUCUCCCCACAGGCCGAGAGGGAUACGCGGAGAAACGCGAAAAUAAAUGAAGCCUGUGGGGAAAAAAAUGUCUAUGUUGGUAUGGAAACGCAGUCCUGCGGUGGGAAUGGAAGGCUGAAAGUGUAUAGCACACAGGCGCUUGUUUAUUUUUAAUUUUGUAUUUUAUUUGAGGUCAGUAUUAAUCCGUUUACACACUGCCCUAGUGAACUGUAGUACCCCGUCUCCACGGCAACCACUGCCCCUCUUCCCCUCCCCUCCUGCCUUUACCGUGCAAUUGGAUUGGCUGUUAAAAAGAGAUUAGUUUGCCGGGUGGACGUGAGCUCUGCCAUGUCAUUGGUCACUUCACCCGUCAGUCAGGGACUAAAGUGCAGCUCUUCUCCCUGCACCUCUCUUCUCUCUUUCCUCUAUCUGUCCGUCCAUUUUUUCUCUCCUCUUUCCUCUAUCUGUCCGUCCAUCCCUUCUCUCCUUUGACCGUUCCCCCCAUUCUGGUCUGCUGAAUUUCAUCUGGUAUAUAUCGUAUUUUUUUAUUUUUUUUUUGUGUGUGUGUUUUUUUUUUAAGUUCAUUAUUGUGACCAAACUGUUGACAUGUGAAGGAACUGUGAAAGAGGAGGGGGUGUGAUUUGACCAGCUCAUUACCUUCUUGCAAUAUUAUUUUCUACAGGAGUUUUUUUUUUUUUCCUGUCCUGUUUA